AUGUGGCAGGAGGAGCCGGGGAUCGAACCAACAACAAUUACUGGACGACCCGCUCUGCCUCUGAGCCACAGUCGCCCACUGUGUGUCUACGCCAACAAUGGGGACGAGUUCCUCUGCCAUGUUUUUAACUUUUGUUUUUGGUGGUGUGUGUGUGUUACAGACUCCCUGAGUGAGGCUCUAAAGGCGAUCAGUGUAAGCACAGAGCUGAUUGAGGAGGAGCUCAAGCCUCAUUUGGACACAGUGCUGGCUGCUCUGUUGGAGAAGAAGAAAGAUGCUGCUGUUGAAGUUGCCAAAAGUGGGAUUCUACCCACGCUGGCUCAGGCCUUACGGGGUAAAAGCAGCCUGAGCUGCCAGGUGGCUUUGGUGGUGGCAGAGAUGGCCCGAGAAGCUGCAGUCAGGGAGCCGUGCAUUGAGGUGGGCCUGGUGAAGGUGCUGGUUCCCCACCUGAACAGCAAUGACCAGGAAAUGCUGCUGAACACCGGCAGGGCUAUCGGACGCAUCUGCUUCGACAACUCAUACCAACAGGACCAGUUAGUCCAGAGUGGAGUAAUCCCCAGACUGGUGUCCAUAAUAAGGGAGUAUCCAGAGAACGACCCCCUGGUCAACGUCUGCCUGCUGGCCCUCUGUAACCUGGCUGACAUGGACUCUGCGCGGGAUGCCCUGGCAGAGCAGGACGUGGCAGAUGUACUGACGUUUCAACUGAAACGGGCGCCUGAUGCCGAACGCCGUCACGUCAUCCUGGAGAUUCUGGGCUCACUGGGCGAGAGUGAUACACUGAAGCUGCAGUUUGCAGAGUCAGGAGUGCCAGAGUCUUUAUCUGAGAUGAUUCGGGGUCUGCAGGGAGGCUCUGACCCCCACGACCUGUGCAGCAUCAAAAUCGCCUCUAACCUCAUAGUGUCUCUGCUUUUAGGAGAUGAGUCUAUGCAGAAAUGUUUCGGAGAGGGAACAGGUCUGGUGUAUCAGGAUGUCCUGUCCUGGCUGCAGAGCUCCAACACCCAGCUGCAGCUGUCCGGAGCUCUGGCCAUCGCCAACUUCGCCAGGAAUGACAGCAACUGUGUAAAGAUGCUGGACCUCGGUGUGGUUCCUCACAUCCUGACCCUGCUGGAGCAGCAUGUUGACGAGGGAGACGUGUCUGUCCAACAUGCUGGACUGAGCGCACUCAGAAACCUGGCCAUUCCUGCCACCAACAAAGUGCGGAUGCUGGAGGACGGGGUGACUGAGAGGAUAAAGACCCUGCUGCGCUCCGACAUGCCGCCGGUUCAGUUCAAACUUCUGGGUACGCUGCGCAUGAUGGUAGAUGGACAAGAGGAGGCAGCCUUGGUGUUGGGGAGAGAUGCUGAGCUGCUGGCUCGGGUCAUGGAGUGGUGCGAAGCCAAAGACCACGCAGGGGUGAGAGGAGAAGCCAGUCGCCUAUUGGCUGCCUUCAUCAGACACAGCCGCAACCCUGAAGUUGUCAAGGCUGUGGCCAAAGCAGAUGGGGUUCGGCACCUUAUCUCCAUGGCAACGAGUGAGCACGUCAUCAUGCAGAAUGAGGCCCUAGUUGCCCUGGCGAUAGCAUCUGCCAUUGACAUUGAGUCUAUGAAGGGCCCGUUCAAUGAUGCGGAGCUGUUGCCCAUGCUGAAGAAGAUGUUGGAGGAUCCUGUAGGGGCGGUCGAAGUCAAGUUCAGUGCUUUAGGUCUCAUCUGCAGCCUGGCUAACUCCAGCGUGAUGAAGGAGGAGUUGAACUCUGUCAAUAUGAAGGAGAGCCUCUGUAAACUGACAGAUCACAGCAGCAGUAAACUUGCCUCCCAGGCCAGCUCCAUACUGGCCAUCCUCGGUGACGCCAGCUAAAGCCGCAUGGAGCGACAAAGGAUCUCAUCUGCUGUAUGGAUUUAUCCAGCUUAUUCAAUGGCAUACUUUAAUUCAAACGAUCUCACUGCACAGACACUGCUACAUAUUUAACUGGCUUCUAAAAAAUGACACCUGUUUUGUGGCAACAAUUACUAAUUAAAGACAAGCAAGACUAAGACUCUGUGUCCCCAGUAGCAGCCCCCAGCGGCUGCAGUGUUCACAGAAGGAAUAAAGAACAUAAGUGAUAGAUUUUCAUUUUUUUAAAGCCUUACCAAAAGUCAGGCUGAAAGUGUAACAUUUGGUGUCAAUAUUGGCUGACAAGGGAAGGCUACGAGGUGAUUAAAACCAAAGGGGUUACUUCAGUCAGGAGCUGAGUCAUGUGCUCAACAUUUUCUAUGGUAAUCUACUAGAUAUGUGAUCAUCCCAAGAUCCUAUGUGACAAGUUGAUAUUUUGGACUGAGGGUGGAGCUAGAGGAAAGUUCAUAGAGUGUACACAAUUGUUUCUGGGAAUGUACUAUUUUAUGGUAAAUUGUCUAUUAGAUUUGGACAUUUCUUGUAUCCAAAGUGGUUGGUAAUGGCAGUAGAGUAGUCCUGGAGGGUCUGCAAAAACAGAGGGGCUCCUCUUCUGGAGAGCAUAAUAUCCACAGAAUAAAAAAUAAUUAAAAAAGGUGCUGUAAGUGAAAGCUGCAUGUUGGCUAACUUCCUGUCCGUUCUGGCAGUUAGCAGUCCCCUCCCUCCUCCCCACAUCAAGACACUGAAAUUCUGACACAUGCCCUUGAGGACCGCCUCUUUGUCGAGUUCUCUCUCCUGAUUGGAUAAAGUGGAAACAGGAUACCAGAAAAUAUAUUCUUUGUUUACUGCAGAAAGGAGGGACUGGAAGAGCCAUGAUACUGACUAAACACUCUGUAUCAGUGAUGGAUGUAGGAAUGUAGACCUAUUUACUUAUUUUAACAAAAACAUCACUCACAGCACCUUUAAGUUUUCAAAAUGCCGGAUUAUGGAACCUAAAGUUGAUCAAAAUUAUGACAAUUUAAAUAUUCUUUUAGUGACAUUUGAUAAUGGCACUAAAAGGGAAAGUCAGACCAAAUACAUUCACAUCAUUCUGUGGAGAUUAUAAAUAUCUGUACCAAAUUUCACUGUCAUCUGACCAAUAGUAGUUAUGGUGCGUUCGUUUUGUCCACCGAACUCGAUCUCCGAGUCGGUUUCCUGAGUUACGGACCGGAAGUUGCAAAUAGAACGCUCCCGAGGUCGGAAAAAACGACUCGUGAAGUCGGACUACUCAGAGGACCCCGAGUUCAG